AUGGCGGGGACGGCUACCGCGACAUACUCGACAGAUGCAUGGACGUCACCCAGUGUAGACGGGAGUCAAUGGGAAUUUUCGGUUCCAAUCCGACAAGAUAGCACUAAUAAUCGCUCUAAGUCGCGCUCGUCCCAUGAUUCGCGCUCCCGAGGGCAUCGGCCCCAAGGCUCUCGCGGCUCCUCCUUGUCACGACACGUCCAGGCCCACGAUCAGUUCAAUCCGCGCGGUCGCCGAGACGCUAGCCAUAGUCGACGGGAAAGUGAAGAAUUCAACUCGCAGCAUCACUAUAGACACGAACCUGUAGACCGCAGCAUUAGUGAUGCGAACGCCUCGGCCGAGAUCCCACGCCAGGAUGGGGCAAUAAAAACAAGCGAGGGGAUCGGAGUGUACCUCGGAGAGUUGGAUAACGAGAAAUGGAUCCACCGAGAUAAAUUGGCCAAGAUCGAAAGCGAAGAGUUACAGCAGUUGUUCCAGCGACGGGCUGCCACAGACGGGAUCCAAAGUGGCCGUGGAAGGCCCCAUGAGUCUCACGGGGUCAACGGACGCUCCUUUUCCCCACACUCGCCAAACGAGCAGACGGAACCGUGGCCCAGUCUACAUGAUGGGUCACCGCGUGACUCCUACGACUCCAAACCUUUCUCCGACGCCGAUGACCUUCACGAUACUACACAAGGCGAUCAAAAGGAUUGGGACCUUCGACGGGCGGACGAGAUUGCUGCAGACAAGACGAAAGAGAAGGCAGCGUCGAGCUUCUACCAUAACCCUGGCUUGCGAAAGAGCUCUUCUCGGAUCCCAAUUCCGACCGCCAGCCCGGUCCCCAUCUCGCCUGAACACGCUGGACGAGAGUUCCCCAGGCAGCGCACCCGAGCCCUCACCAAUGGUGAAGAUGAAGCGCUGUCGUUCGGGAUGCCGCGUCGAGCUAGUGAGCCACUGACGGUGGAGGCAGCAAACGGCCUACCUUCCAAUGGCAGCAGACCUGGUAGCCGUGGGUUCCCAUCGCAGACCACGGCGGCCAAGAAAACACCAGCAAAGGCUGGACCUACCAGCCGUAAGACCUCUGCUCCUCCCGCCACCAGAAAGGCGACUCCCCGAGCUCGUCUCCCGUCCAGCACUCAGCGGCCUGGAGCCAGAGCAGACGGUCGGGGCCCUCCUAAUCCCAUCAAUCGGCCGGAAGGAGAUCCUCCAUGGCUGGCUACCAUGUACAAACCGGAUCCGCGUCUUCCUCCAGACCAGCAGAUUCUCCCCACGCACGCGCGGCGCAUGCAGCAGGAGCAGUGGGCCAAGGAGGGCAAGACACCCACGAUGUACGACCGCGAGUUUGCUCCGCUUGCAAUCGGACCGGAUGGACCAUUCAAAGUGGAGAGACCGAAGAAUGAGGCCCCGGAGCCGGAGAAGCCCCAAAUGGAGGAGAAGACAAAGGAAGAAGUGCAGCCAGCACCACAGCAAACGCCCGAAGAGCAGCUCCCGUCCAAGGAAGGUGAAGCCGACGCGCGGCCCGUCACAGGCAGUGGGUAUAGCACUAUGCCCCGAGUGCAGGAACCAAUGCCAGCACCACUGACACCCAAAUGGAGCCCGCCGGUGGUGACGGCGCAAGAGCCACCCCCGAAGGAGAAGGGCUGCGGAUGCUGCAUCGUAAUGUGA